AUGAGCAAAGUUAAUACAAGUCAAGGGCCUGUGGCUCAGGGCCGUCAAAGAAGACUAUCAUCACUGAGUGAGUUCAACGACCCCUUUUCAAAUGCUGAAGUAUACUAUGGUCCUCCAACAGACCCAAGAAAGCAACAGAAACAGGCAAAGCCCGCCAAAAUUAACCGUACAAGAACUAUGAGUGUUUUUGAUAAUGUUUCCCCGUUCAAGACAACUGGAUUUGGUAAGCUUCAACAAACUAGGCGUGGUUCUGAAGAUGAUACUUAUUCAAGCAGUCAAGGUAACCGUCGUUUCUUUAUUGAAGAUGUCGAUAAGACACUGAACGAACUAUUGGCGGCAGAGGACACUGAUAAAAAUUAUCAGAUCACUAUCGAAGACACCGGUCCAAAGGUCUUGAAAGUCGGUACUGCAAAUUCUUAUGGUUAUAAGCAUAUCAACAUUAGAGGUACAUACAUGUUGUCCAAUCUUUUGCAAGAAUUGACCAUUGCCAAAAGUUUCGGUAGGCAUCACGUCUUUCUAGAUGAAGCUCGUAUAAAUGAAAACCCUGUAAACAGGUUGUCAAGAUUGAUAAACACCCAAUUCUGGAACACUUUAACUAGAAGAAUUGAUUUGAACAAUAUAGGUGAGAUCGCAAAGGAUACCAAGAUUGAUACUCCAGGGGCCAAAAAUCCAAGAAUUUAUGUUCCUAUUGAUUGUCCAGAACAAUAUGAAUUCUAUAUUCAAGCUUCUCAAAUGCAUCCAUCUUUGAAAUUAGAAGUUGAAUAUUUACCAAAAAAAAUUACUGCAGAAUACGUCAAGUCCGUCAAURAUACUCCUGGUUUACUAGCAUUAGCCAUGGAAGAGCAUUUUAACCCUUCUACUGGUGAGAAAACCCUCAUUGGUUACCCCUAUGCUGUUCCGGGUGGUAGAUUCAACGAACUGUACGGUUGGGACUCCUAUAUGAUGGCACUAGGUCUUCUAGAAGCCAAUAAGACUGAUGUCGCGAGAGGUAUGGUAGAGCAUUUUAUAUUCGAAAUUAAUCACUAUGGGAAAAUAUUGAAUGCUAACAGAAGUUAUUAUUUAUGCAGAUCACAACCACCGUUCUUAACCGAAAUGGCUUUAGUCGUCUUCAAAAAACUCGGUGGUAAAAGUAAUCCUGAUGCGGUGAAUUUGUUGAAAAGAGCCUAUCAAGCUGCCAUAAAGGAGUACAAAACCGUUUGGACUGCAUCCCCAAGGCUUGACCCAGAAACGGGCUUAUCAAGGUACCACCCUAAUGGUCUUGGUAUUCCUCCAGAAACUGAAAGUGACCAUUUUGAUACCGUUCUACUACCAUAUGCAUCGAGACACAAUGUCUCUUUAGAUGAUUUCAAGCAACUUUAUAAUGAUGGUAAAAUAAAGGAGCCUAAAUUGGAUGAGUUUUUUCUUCAUGACCGUGGUGUUAGGGAAUCUGGACAUGAUACCACGUAUAGAUUUGAAGGUGUGUGUGCCUACCUGGCCACCAUUGACCUAAAUGCUCUUCUUUACAAGUAUGAAGUCGAUAUUGCAAAUUUCGUGAAGGAAUUCUGCGAUGAUAAAUAUGAAGAUCCUUUGGAUCAUUCUAUAACUACUUCUGAUACAUGGAAAGAAAUGGCCAAAACAAGGCAACAAAAGAUUACGAAAUAUAUGUGGGAUGACGAGUCAGGCUUUUUCUUCGACUACAAUACAAAGAUCAGACAUAGAACAUCGUAUGAGUCCGCAACUACAUUUUGGGCAUUAUGGGCUGGCCUUGCUACUAAGGAACAAGCACAGAAAAUGGUAGAAAAAGCCUUACCUAAAUUGGAAAUGCUUGGUGGUCUAGCAGCGUGUACGGAACGUUCCAGAGGCCCAAUUUCUAUUUCAAGACCAAUCAGACAAUGGGAUUAUCCAUUUGGUUGGGCUCCUCAUCAGAUUCUCGCUUGGGAAGGUCUCCGCUCUUAUGGGUACGUAACCGUUGCAAGUAGACUAGCUUAUAGAUGGCUCUUUAUGAUGACGAAGGCAUUUGUUGACUAUAAUGGUAUUGUGGUCGAAAAAUAUGACGUUACAAGAGGCACAGACCCACAUCGUGUUGAAGCGGAAUACGGUAAUCAAGGUGCAGACUUUAAAGGUGCGGCUACUGAAGGCUUUGGCUGGGUUAAUGCCAGCUAUACUCUAGGUUUAAAAUACAUGAACAGUCAUGCAAGAAGAGCACUUGGUGCUUGUAUUCCUCCGAUCUCGUUUUUUAGCAGUUUGAGGCCCCAAGAAAGAAACCUCUACGGACUUUAG